GACUCGGAGCGGGCAGGUUGAGGUGACAGUGUAAGUUUUUCUGCGUGAAAAGAAUGAAUACAUUUUUUUUUAGAUGUGCGUUUGAGCAGACUCUCCGGUGCUGGUCACCACCACCACACAUCUGUCACCACCAUCACAACUUUCAGUCAUCAUGGAGCUAGACUUUGGACAUUUUGACGAGCGAGACAAGGCUUCCCGUGCCCCGCGGGGCGGACGCAUGAAUGGACUCCCCAGCCCUACCCACAGCGCCCACUGCAGCUUCUACCGCACGCGCACUCUGCAGGCCCUCACCAAUGAGAAGAAAGCAAAGAAGGUGCGCUUCUACCGCAACGGAGACCGCUACUUCAAGGGCAUUGUGUACGCUGUGGCCACUGACCGAUUUCGCACCUUUGACUCUCUCCUGGCCGACCUCACACGCUCACUCUCUGAUCACAUCAACUUGCCCCAGGGUGUCCGCUUUAUCUUCACUAUUGAUGGCUCACGCAAGAUCGCGUCCAUGGAUGAGCUAGAGGAAGGGGAGAGCUAUGUUUGUGCAUCAGAGAACUUCUACAAGAAGGUCGACUACACUAAGAACGUAAACCCCAACUGGUCAGUGAAUGUAAAGGCCUCAGCAAGCCAGAAGAACAUGCAGUCCUUAGCUGCUAAGGCUGCCAGCGAGCCCAGAGAGACCAAGGACUUUGUUCGACCCAAGCUUGUGACAGUGAUGCGUAGCGGCGUGAAGCCACGCAAAGCCGUGCGCAUCCUCCUCAACAAGAAAACGGCACACUCCUUCGAGCAGGUGCUCACUGACAUCACAGAGGCCAUUAAACUUGAAAGUGGUGUGGUCAAGAGGAUCUACACGCUUGAUGGCAAACAGGUUACCUGCCUUCAGGAUUUCUUUGGUGAUGACGAUGUUUUCAUUGCAUGUGGACCAGAGAAAUUCCGGUACGCCCAGGAUGACUUCUCUCUGGAUGAGAACGAAUGCAGGGUGAUGAAGGGACCCAAAGCUCAGCGUGGUUCAGUAAAGAGUCCUGGUCCGAUCAAGCGCAGCAAAUCUCCUGCUGAGUCAACCAACGGGACAGGCUCCAGCAGCCAGAUCUCCACCCCGAUUUCCAAGCAUUCCCCCACCUCCACCCCCACCAGUCCAGGCCUCAACAAUAAGCAGAAGGAUCUCUACCUGCCUUUAUCUCUGGAUGAUGACGAUUCUCUCGGUGAAUCAAUGUAGACGCUCCUCCUCCAGCCUGCCUCCUUUUUUGGGCCUGAAACACAGAAGUUUUUGUACCUCUGCUGCUUUCCACCUUCACUCACAGUGCCACCUGUUGUCUAGGAGAGCCACUCUCUCUUUUUAAGGCUUUAGCCACCGGGGCUAUGGCACCAUUUGCUGCUUGAGAAUAAAAUCUUUUUUAAAAAUCAGUUCUAUACAUGUUGUAACACUGAGCUCACUAAUUUUCAUAAAUGUUUCUGUAUGGAGGUUAGCCACAAUUUUUCAAAAGGGCGCACGGUUCACUUACCCACUGAUUUCACGGUGUAAAAAUUUCACUUUGCUCUCAGACAUUUUGUUAAAAGAAGCACUGUUACUUGAAUACUUCAGUCACAGAAUUCCAAGCAGCAAAUGGCUAUUUUUAGGGGUGUUAAUCAGAACUGACUCAACUUUUGUAUCACUUGUAUUCAUGUUCUUUCUCCAUGUCCUGUCCUUUCUGCUCUGUGGUUAAUGGUGUGAAAGGUUCCUUGUCACAGGCCGUUUGCUAAGCCAGAUAGUCUUUCAGACCUGCUGUAAAUACUGUGUAUAGCUAUCCAUCACAACAUCUCUGUCGAAUCUCCAUUGCUGUGCUUCCAUAACCAACAUUUGCUCAACAUUAUACAGGGUAUGGUCAAAGUAAAAGAAGCAGCCAAAAUGAAGUCCCCACCACAGAGGGUGAGGAUGCAUGGGAUGCAGCUACUGACUAAAGUGGAUUAUUGUGAGAAGCCAAUGCCUCCUCAAUGAGAAUUCAUAUUCCCAACUGAAUAUACUGAGAAAUGAUUAAACUUAAUUGUGUAGAAAGAUAGUUUAAACUAGCAUAAACACAGAGGCAUCAAGAUCCACAUGUUGGCAGUAAUUAGAAUUCCAGCCCAAUCGGACGUGAGGCGAAGAACAAGCGUUCCACACUGAGGGGAAUCUUUAUUUUGGGGCUUCCUCUAUUUUGACCCUCUACAUAAAGUAGACUAGGCUAUACAUGGUACAUACCCUCUGUGUUAGCUAUUUUCACAGACUGCAGUGCAUGAUAUUGAUAGAUGGUUGUGAAACGUUGGGCGUGUGAAAAGCUGAUUUGAAGGACCUAAUGGCGCAUAAAAACAACCAAAGGACAAAUUAGGCCCCCCUUCUUUAUUAAAAGCCAACAGAAAUUCAGUAUGCAGUUUUAAGCCGGUUGAUCACUGCUUCACCAGAACUAGUGGUGAUGGUUUGUUGUACAAUUGUGUGAAUUUGUAAUGGUAAAUAAAUAAAGGUCUUAAAGCCAAA